UCGAUGCUGCGUGAGAGGCGUAACAAAAUGAAGCAACAAGAAAGAAGAACACGUUGCUGAUCAGCAACAGCAAGGCUGGCGUUGUUGAACUCGCUUGUGGGCUUGUGGGUGAUUGUUACUCUCAGUUGCGUGUUGAUACGUGAUUCAACAGAAUGAGCAUACUCAAUCGAUUUCCACGACUCGCUCAUCUGAGCACUCUCUGUAACAAGAAUGUCUGUCGCUUUUCCUCAGAGACCAACGACCCACCGAUACCCACGAAUCCGCUGAAGGACAUAUACAGUGCGAAUAAUCAAACCGGGACCGGAGUGAUAUACGACAAGAAGCCGUUCAGGAUAGUCCUCAAACCUGGCAAGAAUUACUCGUGGUGUCUCUGCGGACAAAGCAAGAACCAGCCGUUCUGCGACGGCACGCACAAAGACAUUUUCCUCAAGAUAAAGCUCAGACCUAUACGUUUCGUUGUUACGGAGACCAAGGAGUAUUGGCUGUGCAACUGCAAGCAGACGUCGAAUCGGCCUUUCUGCGACGGCACGCACAAGAGGCCGGAUAUACAGGAGAAGAGAGGAUAACUCAUGAAACUACAUUGUUGAAAACUAGCAUCAUGAAUUUCGAAAUAAAGAUUACUUUUAUUACUUUUAUGAUGUGCCAUACCUCUUGUAGAUAUCGGGAGUGGUGUGUAUAAUAUACAUAUACCUUUGUAAUUACGCUUGUUACAGAAAUACGCUCUAUUAUUAAUAAAAAUAUCUUGGACACGCGU